GCGAAAGCAAUUUUCCCCCAUCACCCAUACGUUACAACAAAUUAUGGCUGUUGAGGAAGAAAUGGAACGGAAGUUCGCGGCGAACUUCCUAGAAGGAGAAGACUACCCUAGAGACGGAGAUUCGACAGAGCUUGCACGAGCAAGAGCAGAGCUGGCUGCUUUACAGAACAAAUUUGAAAACAUGGGGUUUGUAUCAGGACUUGUCACCUAUAUGGAACAGAUAGGCCCCAAACGAGUAAUCCUAAGCGAAACUCCGAGCAUCUCUGCUCCUAUGAUACCCCCGCCCGUCAGGGCCUUACCCCCGCCGCCGGUUGAGGCUCCUGUACGAUCGAACGAAUCGGCGGCCAUUUUCGAACUAACCAAAACCUUGAUUAGUUUGAUCCAAGAAAGCAAAAAGGAGCAACGAGAGCACAGUGCUCGGCUGGAAGCCAUGAUGAGGAACAUGCGACCCAUUGCGGUGCGUGCCCCUCCGAUGCAGCAAGGAUUAGCCCAAGCCCCUGCUCUCGGGGGAGCUGCGAACAAUCUGAAUGUCUGCUAUGCCUGUCAUCAGCCCGGACAUCUAGCCCGUGAUUACCCCCACCAACCCCCACAACAGCGGAUCGGAGCCGCACCUAUGGCUGCGGCUCCCAUCGCCAACGGACCUGGACGAGUCGGAGGCCUGAUGGAAGAAAUAGAGGGUGGGGGAAGUGCCCUGGCUACCUUGGAAGAGGCCGCCGAGCUAAUCCCGCUAGACCAGUACAUAUUGCUAGGAUAUCCCGGGCUUGGAAUGAUCGGAACAAUCCGACCAGCACCAGAACCGAAAGAGGUGGCGGAGUGGCGACCGUCCCUAGGAGAAAAGGAGUCGGGAGGACCCACCUUCGUCACAGGGGAGAUCAAUGUAUUAAACAUCAUCCGAGCUUUGGACCAUCGGAUUCCCCUUCCGAUUGGUCAUCUGCUCUCGAUCUCCGAGCAAGCCAACGAGCGAAUGUUACAGCAUUGCAAAGCGAACCGAAAGCGAUUCGCCCUUGCCCGAACCCCGAACGCGAAAGCCAAAAACCCCGCGCCCGAAGAAAACCCCGCAAGUACUUCGGAUCCGAUACGGUGGGUUCGGUGUCCGAUGGGGAUUUGCAAUGCGCCUGCCACGUUUCAACGAGCGAUGAACAUGACGUUCCUGAACUUCGUCAACAAGACACGGCUGACGCAAGGAAUGAUUAACUUCUGCGCGAUCGUGUACAUGGACGACAUCCUGGUCUAUUCGGAAACCUAUCACGGGCACGCGCAACACAUCGAAUGGACAUUGGGUGCAUUGAGAGACGCUGGGUUCAAGAUCGCGCUUGAGAAGAGCAAAUUUUUCCUCUCGGAAAUUUCGUUAUCGGGCUAUGUCGUAACACAUGGAGGAUUGCGGCCAGACUCGAGAAAAGUUGCGGCGGUGAAGGAAGCUCCGGUUCCCAUGUCACUGACGCAGGUUCGAGCCUUCUUGGAACUAGCGUCGUACUACCGACGCUUCAUCAAGGGCUUUGCCGCGAUUGCACGACCACUAACGAAUCUGCUACGGAAGGACCAGCCUCUCAGCUGGGACGCGGAGUGCCAACAGGCCUUUGCAACCCUCAAGGACACUCUGGCAACGGCCCCUAUUUUGAUUCGAUCGGACCCCUCGAAGCAGUUCAUUCUCAUCACGGACUGGCAACCGGAGGCUAUUUCCGCUAUUCUAGCGCAGAAGGGGAACAAUGGUCGUGAACACGUCAUCGAGUUCGCAUCACGAACCUUCUUCUGCACUGCGGGUGUAUACGGCGCGGCAGAGUUCCGAUUCACGAGCGAUCCCCAUGUAGUGGUGCUGGCCGAGGCAACGACGUUCCAACGGCAAGCGGCCCCGAGAAUCAGCCAUGUGUCUACCGUGGUAGUCUUCAGCGACGACAUCACCGCCUUCGAUCCGGCACGGCAAGCCGCCAUCAAAAGCACCUUGUACCGCAUGACUAAUCCCCGCUUCUUUCAGCAAUCAACGGCGUUCGAGUGGGCGGCGCUGAGAGCAGAAGAGGAGGCCGAAGAGGAAUCGGAAGGAGAAUUGAGGAAAGAGGCCGGGGAAGCAGCGGCCGGAUUGGCCAAGGACGAGGAAGAAGAGCGCGAAGCAGAAGAAGAGUCGGCGGAAGCUGAGGAAGAAGAAGAAGAAGAAGCAGAGGAGGAGACUUCGGAGGAAGAGGAAGAGGCCUAUAGUGAGUACAGCGAGGGUGAGCAAAGUGAGGAGGAGGACGAAGACGACGAAGAAGUGGAAAGCGGGGAUGACCCGGAGCCAACGCACGACGAGCUCGAGUGGGUGCCAGGACCGGAUCGACGAGAGGAAAACCCUGAGGCUGCUGCGCAGCGCAAGAAAGAGAUCGCGGAAGGAAAGCGACUGGCGAUCGAUCCCGCACCAAACAAUCCUUUCAAGGAUCCCGAGCCACCCAAGCCGAAGCAUGGAGACCUUGCUACCACGAUCUCAAGAGCCGCGAAGACAAGGCGUCGACCCCGAUCCCGAUCCACAAAAGCAGUUCAAUCUCGAUUGUCUGCACGUGUCCACAAACAGGUCCUGAUGCAGGCAGUCAAUCCAAUCCUCUUUGCCAGUGGGACCUCGCCCCCGGUUUCUUCAACUCGUGUCGAACGCUUUGGGCGGCGAAGAGGCAACCCCUGGCUGACCUGUGGGGCCGCCGGCAAUGUCGCCGAGGGCCCUGUUGUUCAGGAGGACAGCAGAAUAAGAAGAGAGGGCAACCGGCAUUGUAAAGGUGGUGACAGUAUUAGAAGGAGUACAUGGAGGAGGAGGAGGAGGAGUAGCGGUUUCCAUCUUGCCGGCGAGGGUCACGACAUCGCUGCUCGGACAUGUUUUCGUUGUGGUUGGAGUAGGAAGGGAGGGGACGUCAUCUCCUCGUCUGAUCCGCCAUUGAUUGCAGGGAUCGGGAUCCGGACCAAUCCUUCCUCCCGACAGUUGAUUGGUACAAGAGGAGGAGGAAGGGGAAGGGGAGGACGAAGAGUACGUGGCGAGGGUGAGCGUGUUGGUGAGGGAGGCUUGCGAGGAGGAGAACCGGAAGUAGAAGUAGGAGGAAGAGGAAAAGGAGGAGGAGGAGGAGGGGGAGGAGGUAAUAUCUCAACACCAGCCGAAAUGGAGGACAUUAGCGUUGGAUUUGUUGGAGCCGGGCAAAUGGCUGAGGCUCUGGCACGUGGCUUUGAUCGAUCCGGGCUUGUUAAAUUCGGAAAAAUGUUCCUGUCCGACGUGGCACAAGUCCAAAAGUACGUCAAUGGAGAUCUUCUGCACUUCUCAACAAGCAUGUCCAGAUUAGGGCAUUAAAUCCAAUCCUCCCUGCUGGUGGGACCUCACCCGAGGCCCAUUUCCUGGCUUAAAAAAAAAAAAAAAAGGGUUUUGUCAGGGCCGGCGUUCGGUUCGGGCCGACCGCCUGAGCCCGGACUUCCGACUGUUUGACCCCACCCCAAGUUUGGCCCGAACGUGUUUUUUUUUUUCUCCUUUUUCUUUUUUUCUUUUUUGAACGCAUUGCAGAGGGGUGGUUCUCUGCACUCCGCAUUUUUUCGCAAAAAAAAUAAAAUAAAAUGGCCAUGGAAUC